GAUCUGUCUGCUGCGGGCACGUGUAGAAAGAGAAUAUUCCAGGAACAAUGAGGCUAACGUGGUGACGGCGAGCACCGUGACCAGGGAAGAGAGAAGAUAAUGUUACAGGUGGGCAGCAGCACCAGCCAUUGAUUGGCUGGCGGUGGUGGCGGCGACGGGGACGCGCGCUGUCGGAGGUACGACGAACACUUGUUGCGCGCAGGUGUCUUAUUCCAAGAUACAUUUCCCGCCAAGUCUUUCCCUGUUAGAACAGUUUAUUCAUUUGUUUGUUGCUCGUCACGUCUACUUUGUCGCUGCUCAUCGUGUGCUGUGGUUGGUGAUGAUCAUUUAUAUCCUGCGGCUGUGGAGUUUGGCCACCAUUAUCUCCCGCCACCACCAGAGACCCGAGAAAGUCGCCGUCCGUGGCAGGCUUUUUUUAGUCUCCCAAAGACAGCCGUGGAGGGAGGGCGCGCCAGCUGGACUACAGUGGUCGGACGCGACGGCUGUGUCUUGUGAGCGCUGGAUCCCUACGAGGGGUCUAUUCCUAUUCUGGAAAAAUAAAGAAAAAAGGACCUGCUUGAGGAUAGUGGUGACCCAGGAGUUAAAAGGAAAAAAAAAAUGGUGUCGAAAGAAUACAGUGGUUGUGUGAAGCUGGAACAAGCUGGAACAGUCUUCUGAGUGGCAGCCAGGGUGGUAGCGCCAGGCCAGGCGACGGAGAGCAAUGAUUCAUUCACUCCUGUUAUUGACUUCAGCUAGUGUCUGUACCUCCGGUGCCGAUAAACGAGAUAGUUACCUUGAGUUGUGAGAAAAAGCUCAAGGAGUGUCGGACUGAAGGUGCAGCACUAGAGCGGGUAGGCACUGUCCGUGGCAAUGCUUGCCCGCGAGGCCGUGGACGGUGGUGUUGUGGCAGCGCGCAGGAGGUUCUUUGAUCGGCAAGAGACAACAGAAAGUAACUUUUCUGGAAUAUCGUGCAUUUCUGGAACUGAAGAUAUUCUCUUGGCUGGAGGACGAGCUCCCUUUGGUUACCGCGCUGGUUUACGACGCAAAUCACUGGAGGGAGGGAGUCUUUUGGAAACUGCUCUCUGUUUCGAUUCCGAAGUUGAUCUGGAAGAGAAACGCAUGUUAGACUCCCACAACAUUGACACACCAACCUGGCUCACCCAGACGACCCUCGAGGAGCGCUAUGGGGCCCCCACAGACAUCCCGCCCAAUGGUGCCGGGUUGGACUUGGAGGCCGCGGGCGGGCCAAGCAGCCACUUUAGCCAGGCUCGCCGCUAUGUGGGGCGCCGCUUAGGGCAUGGCCACCAUAAACGCCAUCCUUCCCCUAUUCGGCGCCGCCCGCGGGAAGAGGAAAGCGGCAAAGGAUCUCCACCCAUUACCGUCAACGUGACUACGUCCAGUUCCUACCCAGAAAACUUUUAUCCAAUAUUCCUGCCCAUGGACCAAGCCUUUAAGGCCAAGUACGUCUUUACCAACAAAAAAGGCAAGACCCUGAAGGAGAAGACCUAUCUCUUCCUAGAACAUCCCUGUGGCUGGUGCUGCUUCUUCUACCAUUUCAUUGUGUAA